UCCGGUCGUAUAUCAUUCCGUAUCAAGGGGGCCACACCUUGGGCAAGACAAGAGGGCGAAAGUAUGCAAGCUGAGCUGUCACGGACAGGCACAGUGGAGAUCUACCUACCACCCAGCCAUUUGAAGCGGAGAAUUCAGAACCAAGGAGACAUACACUGCAGGACUCUUGUUCACUUGAUAAAGCAUCAAGAUGAAACUUCAAUGGAUUCUGGUGCCAGGAGUCAGUUGCUGGACCCUGCUGCUGUUUUCUUUCUUCUUAGCAGUCACAGGUACUACUAUAUCUGCCAGGACAACAGUACCUUCAGUGAUCCUCAGUGGUGCCACAUCAGAGGCUCCCAAGACCACCCCUGCAAGAGUAUCCACCCCUGCAAGAGUAUCUCACACAACCCAACAAACAACUGAAAGGACCAGCUCUAUAGAAACAUCUCCUCAUGCCACAAGCAUCUCCAGCAGUACAAGUGCACAGCCAGCCAGUGUGACUAUCAGCAUUGGGCCUACAUCGUCCAAUGUCAGAAGUACACCUACAACAGACAAUGACAGAACUGGUACCACCCCAACAAUCACUGGUGUCAAUCCAUCAGCCAACAGGACCACAGCAAUGCUUUUGGCCCUCCUCUCUAGCACACCUGCUGCACCAGUGCACAAGAACAGCACCACUAUACCAAGUAACACAGCUAUACCAAGUAACACAACCAGCUCUUACAAGCCAUCUCUGGCUACCACGGUUACGCUGCUGGAAACGAAAAGUACCAAGCCAUCAGGUACAAGUGAUACGACUGCAACACCAAUCGACAGCACCACAGUCACAUGGGCAAAAGCCAGUGUUGGAACUGGUACCACCAAACCAGGAACAGAGACAACAACCAGUCCAGGAAAGCAACCACUGAAAUUCUGGGGGAUCAUUCUGAUUUCCUUAGCCGUGACUGCAGUUUUCAUUGCAGGAUGCAUUGGAUGCUGUUUCUAUUUACAAAAAAGUCGUCUCUAACAUCCCAGCUCCUCUCCUCAGACCUCCAGCUCCUCUUACUCAAUAACAUCCCUACCUUUAACAUGGAAACAAAAGAGUAUACACAAGGAUGCACUGAUUUUUGCUAAUGAGAGUAUAACCUGAUUCAUCCUCAUCAGGCCUUGCCUAUGUCAGUUGCAGUUUUCAGAUUAACCACCUACAGAAUGCUGUCAUCAUUUGUGGCUAGUUCCAUGAACUUCUGCAUUCCAGAAGACUGAGGAAGAAUUACCCACAGACUGUAAAACAAUGUGGAACAAAGCGAAAGCACAAUACUUUCACAUGUGGAAACCAAUAAAAGGCACAAGCUUUUUAUUCGUCUUCUGCGCUCUGUUUUUCAAUUGUGUCAAAAUAGAAAGGGAGGUUUCAUCCCCUAUACAUGUGAUGGGAAAUAGCUUCAAAAACAAAUCCUUGCAUAUAUAUUUUCUCAUAUAAAUAAAUAUAUAUUUCCAAUUCA